GAAUGCCCGACAAAAACGCCUAAAACACGCCCAAAAAACGACCGGGGCAUGAUACUUUUGCUUGAAGAAUACUAUCUUGGCUGCUUUUAUGCUAAAAGAUGGGCAAAAACCAUUACAUUUAUGAGACGAAGGGUUACUUUAUUACAUAGCCUACAACAGCAAGGACAACGAUCAAUGACAGGAAGUCAAGUUGAAAGUGUAAUCAAAAACUGUAAUUCAGUGAUAUAAUCAAGGAGCUGUUAUCAAUAAAAACUUCUUGAUAUAAUUGACGAGGGUUGAGGGUUUGAGUGUAUGGUUUGAAGUUUUGAUUCCUGAUAUCAUGACACAUUUGUAUCCUCCACUUUCCCACAGGAUCAACGCGUUUAUGUAUGUCACUGGGAAAAAUUGUAACUCAGUUGCCCCCCGGAUCCCAGGAGUAAGCAAAGAUAGCAGCCAAACGCGAGACGCACACACCCAGACGCGCGAAUGAUAGCUAUAUCUUAGCAUAUUUGUGCAUCAAUCACUAAAAACAAAUCAGAACAUGUAUAAAAACAAAUGUAAUUAAACUAUAAAUGCUGUAGUGAUAGAAAACUUCUUUUCUAAACAUCUACGUUCUCAUGCUGCUCAUAUGACUACAGUUUAUGUGACAGAACACCUUCAGUUCGAACUCUGAGACAUCGUCAAAACACGCGUAAAAGUGGGAACAGCGGCAGUUCUUAUAAAGUUAUACUAUAACGGAAUGGCGGAAAAUGUGAAUGAAUUUCUGUUGUCUGCGGCUGAUAAUGACUCACUUGAAGGCGUUGAAGUGGCAUUGGCAGCUGGUGCAGACAUUGACUUUGAUCAACUGGAGAACUGGAGACCAGGUGAUGAUGCAAGCUUACCACCAUGCACGCCUUUGUAUGUUGCUUGCCACAGAGGGCAUAUAAAUGUAGUGAGACUGCUGCUCAGCAAGGGGGCCUCCGUGGUGAAGAGAACCAUGGGGGGCAUGGUUCCCCUUCAUGAAGCAGCGUCCAAUGGGAAGACAGAAGUAGUGGAAAUACUGGUGCAUCAUGGUGCAACAUUAGAUGUACGGGACAGCUUCAGGAACACUCCACUCAUGGCUGCAUGUGGCAACAACCAUGUCGACACAGUUCAGCGACUGAUUGAGUUUGGAGCAAGACCUGAUUUGACCGAUGGUUCUAUAGCCAGAAAGUUGGGGAUAGAUGACUCUGCAGAAGACAGUUUUGAGCUGGUACCAGAGGUGAGGAACUCUGCAAAAGAGAGUAUAAAGCUGGUACAAGAGGCAAGGAAGACUAAGCUGUUGAGAUGCUGCAACCCUAAGUGUGGCAAACCAGGCUACAGGAAAACCCUGAAGCUGUGUGGCCGGUGCAAGCUGACCCGCUACUGCAGCCGUGACUGUCAGAUACAACACUGGUCUGUCGGACACAAGAAGUGCUGUGGACGGGACAAGUACAUUGAUGAGGAACCACACCCCAUGCAAAAAGCGAUGGCGUACUUGGUAGAAAAUGACAAACAAAAUGAUUGUCAUUUUUGUGUGAGUCAUGUAUGUAGUCAAUCAGUCAGUACAGCUACAGCCACAUGAAAUGUAGUACAAAGUAGCAAACUGAAUGUUACCAAUCAUUUAGCAUAUAGCUAUAAUGUAUUUCUUAAUAAGUAUUAGCGGUGUAUGUAUGUAUGCCAUAUAAGUAUGGCGGUUGAAUGUGUCUCAAAGCCACAUCAGUGUUACAAAUUUGUGUUAACAUUAAUGUUAGAAGAUAUAGCACAGAUUGGAAACUUUGUAUUGCUGGUAGUAUCUACUUGCUCACAAAUUUCAAAAAGGAGCAAUCGUCUAGAAGUGUAAAAGGUCUUUGAAAAAUGUUCCUCUAGGAAAGGAUACAAGGGCACCUUGCAAUUUGCUUCUAUGGGUCAUAUGUUGCUACAUGUUCAUUGUUUAUUAUAGACAGCCUAGUGCUUCUACAUUAUUAGUCUAUUGCAGUGCUCUCUUUAUUUAUCCUUUGAUGUGACAAAAUACCAACAGGAAAAGAUAGAAGGAUGCCUGUUUAUGUAUGCUAGCAAGUCGCUACUGUAGGCCAUGUAUUCCAUUCUUCCAUUAGUUGACAUUAGCCUAAGAAUCGAUCAUCUGAUUCUCUUUGCUUUUUUGGAAUAAACAUGUUUUUAAGCACAAUCCCUGCUUUUAGAUGCACAAAUAUGCAAAGACACUUGUGUGUAACUUGCACUUGGCUGAUAUCUUAGCUACUUUUGAACAUUGUUUUUUUUUCUUCAAGCAGAUGUUAGAUGGAGAGAUUGUUGGAUUUACAGGUGCCAUAAGACAGUAUCAAAGCUGGCCAAGGAGUAUAGCCGGCCAAAGGGAAUCUGCGAUUUGUCAGGAGGGGUCAGCAACACUUGCUCUUCCCUGUUUUAGUGAUGGCAGAUUCCCUCCUUGGCCAACUUUGACACCAUCUUACUGCACCAAUCUGCUUGGAGAUUAAUGAAGGUAAACGAUCUCUCUGUCCAACAUCUGCUUGAAGAAAAUACUAGUAGUCCACCAUCAAACUGAAAAUGUAUAGAAGCGACUGUCUUGACACAAAGGUGAUUAUUUAUUAACAGUUAAUUGUUGCUAAAGGAGCUGUAGAAUGAGAACUAGCCUGACUAAAAUCGCGCCCCUAGCGGCUGGCUCUACAGUUGCCUCCGCCCUAGGAGGGGGUCAGUAACCCCUGUCAACGAGAGAUUGUGUAAACACAGGCUAGUAGAAUGAGAAUGCACAAGUUCAGAAAAAUAAUAAUAAUGAUAAUACGAUUACCUUGUUCAAGGGGCAUUCCACUCCAGAGGCGAGUGUUAUUUUCUGAUAGAUGAUAUUUUGGGAUACUAAUGGUCACUAAUGCACCAGACUUUUCGCAAAGUUGGGUAUCUAGAAUAUUUGUCUAGAGACCCAACUUUGGUCGGUCUCUAGAAUAUUAAUGUUUGUCUUAUCGACAAUAAUCCUUUUCUUAAUCCAAGUACGAAACUACAAUUUCAUAUGCCGUGUAAAACAAUCACUUGAACACAAUGAAAAUACAGAACAUAUCCGUAGACCUCCUUCUUAUCAAACAUCAUAUUUUCGAAAAUUCCAGUCCCACUGAUGACAGAUUCGUCUUCUCCUUUUUCAACCUCCUUGUUUCAGCUAAAGCUAAGGGCACAACCCGCUGUACCUGCAAGUACGUGCUGUCUACGUGCCAAAACGUGGGCAAUCUUUUGGAUCCGUAAGUAGUAAGUGCCGCCUCCGUAAAAACUCGUGGGAAUCCGACGGAUUUUGGAGCACACAGACACGCCGUAGAACUUUGCGUGCAGGCAAAACUUUGUGUGCCAACGGGCUGUGGAUUCGCCACCCGUACGUGCCAGUACGGGCGACGUGCCUGCCCUGUACAGCUGAACGUUUUCAGAAAAACGUGGCGGACGUGGCCUCCCAAAAAAACACAUACGACAAAUUGCACGUACGGCGGGUUGUGCCCUUUAAACAUUAAAACAUUCCAUGGCCCUCCUCGGCUAAAGAAAUGUUUCAGUGACCCAGUGCAAAGCCCCUUCCACCAAAUGUCAUACAAUCCAUAAGAGCAAAAAUGAUAAUAUUCAUGAGCCAAAAGUUACUUUAUUACAAUAAUCCAUGGUAUAAACAGCAUUUGAUUACGUAGAAGUGCUAUCCUUGGCACAGUAGUGGUUAUUUAUCAAUAGACAUGGCCGCUUAGAUGUUGGGAUGAUACCAUGGAAUGACUCUACAGAGCAUCAUUAUUGCGCGUUUGACACUUAGUACAAUGUACA